UGAAAAGGCCCAUGGAAAAGUUCCAUUGCUAAUCUCUGAUGAAAAACACCAGGCAAGGAGCAUCACUCUAACCACAGCAAAUACGCUUGAAAAAUUCUGUUUAGAUCCACAAAUUAAGAGCGGACACUGGUAUUUGUUUUUCCUUCUUUUGAUUUCAAACUCAAGACUGAUUGUGUCUCAUAGUAGAAAAGCAUGACAUCUAUUUUAGCUGACUCCAGUAAAUCCAUGAAGACUGACAGGAAUACUUAUGUUGGAAAUAGGUUUGUCUGUGUUAAAAACCCUCACCUGAAUUCUAUGGAUGAAGAUAUUCUUUACCACUUGGAUUUAGGAACAAAGACACAUAACCUUCCAGCCAUGUUUGGUGAUGUAAAGUUUGUCUGUGUCAGAGGGAGUUCCAACAGAAUGAAGGCUUUUGCUUUUAUCCGAAAAGAACUUGGACUUGAGGGAAGUGAGGAAGACAUGCAAGACAUUUGUACUGGGACAGACAGAUACUGUAUGUACAAAACAGGCCCAGUGCUCUCCAUCAAUCACGGCAUGGGCAUUCCUUCCAUUUCGAUUAUGCUGCAUGAGCUCAUCAAACUCCUUUACUAUGCAAAGUGUUAUGAUGUGACAAUCAUCCGCAUUGGCACAUCAGGGGGCAUAGGGAUUGAACCUGGGUCUAUUGUUAUAACAGACACAGCUGUAGACUCCUUCUUUAAGCCCCAGUUUGAGCAGAUAAUCCUGGACACUGUGGUUACUCAAAAUACAGAGCUGGACAAGGAAUUGGCAGAAGAAUUACUCAAAUGUAGCAAAGAAGUUCCAGACUUCCCAACACUCAUUGGGCAUACAAUGUGUACCUAUGAUUUCUAUGAAGGACAAGGACGUCUGGAUGGAGCACUGUGUUCUUUCUCUAAUGAAAAAAAGCUCGAUUACUUACAAAGAGCUUACAAAACUGGCAUCAGGAAUAUUGAAAUGGAGUCCUCUGUGUUUGCAGCCAUGUGUGGACUUUGUGGGCUAAAAGCUGCUGUUGUCUGUGUUACCCUUCUCAACAGACUAGAAUGUGACCAGAUCAACUUGCCCCGUGAAGUCCUACUAGAAUAUCAGCAACACCCCCAGAAACUGAUCUCAAUCUUUAUCAAAAAGCGCCUUGGACGAUAUAACCCAAAGUAAUUUGCAAGCAGCCAAACUGUCCCUCUGCACUUGCAAUUACAUGCAAAUUCCAUUUUUGAAGGAAGCUUAUAUAUGGCAGCCCCAGUGAAACCAAUGACAUGUUCAAUUUUGAUUUCUGGUCAUGGUACAAAGCCCAAAUCAAGCUCACACUGAAAUACACCAGCCAUUUUGUAGAUAUGAUUACCAGUCAAUCUAUUUCUGAAACCCAUCCAGACCUUCACGUUAGAACACUGUCAGACCAUCUUAAGAUUUGGACAAGUUUCAGUAGUUGAGCACACACAUUCAAAAUAUUUACCUCUCAAAUGUCAGUUUAAUAUGGAUCUACAUGGAAAAAUCAUCCUAGGGAAAUGGGUCACACUUCACUUUGCUUCCAUCUGCAGGGUUUCAGCAAAUUAGAGAGUGGGAACUCAAAACCUAGGUAGUUAUUUUUUAUAUAAAUGAUUUUAUUUCAAAACAAAGGUAAUCUGGGUUUCAUAUUUAUUUCUGAGAGAAAAGACUUGGUAAUCAGGUGGGGUAAGGUGGGGGAAUAUUUAACUAUGUUUAUAAAGCUAAAUUAUCUUUUAGCAUUGGUAGUUUGUAGGAUUUGUGUUUUUAUUUCAUAGAAAAAUGACCAGCUUGACAAAGGAACUUUUGGAAUUGGUGUUAAAGUUGAACCUUUUAUAGAAUAUUAUAACAGAUUUUUCUCAGCACCUACAUGAUACCUCAAUAGUCAGCUUGGCCCUCCAGGAAGCAACAUACCUCUUUUAGGCUGUUCAGUGCCCUGAAAUAAUUGUCUAAGCCUUUGGCUCUUUUCCAAGGCUGACAAAUGCAAGAAGGGGACAAGGUGAUUGGGGGGAGGCGGGGUAUGGUAGUUGGAUUUUAGAACAUGGUAGUAGGUGAUGUUUUAUAUAUAAAUGAUUUGUACAUAUGUUCAUAUAUUUUAGAUCAAAUAAAGCUUUAAUUACGGUCUCGUAUACUUACUGAUA